CGUCACGUGGCCGCAUUUUACGUAAGCAACGGUUGACCACACCGCUAUGUGUGUAUCACUAGUCACUCUAUCUUCACCUCAAAAAAAUGUUUAGAAAUAGGAGCUGGGACGCAAUUUAGUCUACAAUAAUAGGAUAACAGAUUCAAUCUCAAUAUGUCGCUUCAGCAGCCGGAGGUGGAGACCGCCUCGGACGACGAAGGAGAGGGCGUAUUCUUCAUUGAGACCGACUCAGAGAGCGAGUGGAAAGAUGAAGAUCAAAUCGACAACCGGGAACUUAUUCUACAGAAAGCCGAUGCUUUGGCGUCUGAGAACCGUCUCAAAGAAGCCAUCGAUUACUACACCAUGGUCAUGCGCGACGGGGCGGUGCGCCCGGAGCAGCUCAGCACUUUUGUGGACUGUGUCCUGCGGAACUUCAAGAGGAACGUCUCGGAGCCAGAGGAGGAACCCGGGUCAGGCGAGGACAUCCCUAUGUUUGACUGUCCCAGUUGUCAUAGUUUUCUCGGUGAACCGGUGACUCUGUCGUGUGGACACUCGUACUGCAGGCGGUGUACUGAUCACAGCCAACUCUCCAAAUGCAAGCUGUGCGGAGAGCCAGUGCACUGGACACACGCGCCCGACCAGCAGCUCAAAGUGAAUGUCAUUCUUAGUGGACUCUUGGACAAAUUCUUCCCCGAGGAUCUUAAAACGUAUAAAACAAUAUGUGAAAUCCAGGAACUGACCACCAGGAGAUGCUUUAAGGAGGCUGUGUCGCUGGCAUCAGACGUUAUACAACCAGGUUCCGAGGUGGCGUCGGUGGAGGUGAAGGGGGCGUCUGUGGAGGUUGGGUCUUUCGAGGAGGUGUCGGUGGAGGUGGCAAUCGCGGCGAGGUUGUGUCGGGCGGAGGCGUACACGGGUCUCAAACAGUACCGUCUCGCCAUGGAGGACACGGAAUUCUGCCUCACAGCAAGACGCUCAGCAGAGGGAUUCUUCCAGAAGGCCAUGGUGCUUCACGCCAUGGGACAGACGGACGAGUCCCUUCAGGUCUUCCUCCAAUGCCUGGCGAUGGACGACAACUUCACCAGGGCCAGAAGCCAAGUAGAAAUGAUCCUGUGUGACCUGCUCUCUCCGGCCGGGGAGACGGUGAAGGAGGGCCUGAGGGCGACCACGCAGAGCCACGCCUCGCCACACAUCCGCGCCAAAACCCUCGCCAACGCCACCUCCGACGCCGACUCUAGCGGAACGCACAACGAGCCGGAGCGAACCGGCCCGGCGAACCCCUGUCACCUGACCCGCGCUGCCUCGCUGCACAACGCCACAGAGAAGACUGACGAGCCGCCGGAGAGCGUGGAGCGUGCCGCUCUGAGCCGGACCAACUCGCUCUGCGGCCACGCGGCCGGCCUCGGGGGGGAGGGGCUGAAGCGCGUGUGGUCCGCCCCCCAGCUGGGGGACCAGGACCGGGCCGGCCUGCUGAAGAGGAAGCUGUCGGUGUCGGGGGCGGGGCCAGGGCUGCGGAGCGUCGGGGGGAGCAAGCAGAAGAGACAAGGAGGUGAGCAGAGUGAGGCGCCCCGGGGCCAGGUGUCCUCCUGCUCCCCGGCCAGGAGGUCGAUCCCCCAGGGCCAGCCCAAGUCCAGUGACCUGGAGUGUGCCCUCUGCAUCAGAUUGUUCUACGAGCCCGUCACCACGCCCUGCGGACACACCUUCUGUAAGAGCUGUCUGGAGCGCUGCCUGGACCACACGCCCCAGUGUCCCCUCUGCAAGGAGAGCCUGAAGGAGUACCUGGCGUGCAGGAAGUACGUUGUGACCCGGGUGCUGGAUGACCUCAUCAGGGAGCGGCUGGGGGAGGAGCACAAGGAGAGGAGCAAGACCAACCUCGAGGAGACGCAGGAGCUGUCCGACCUGACCCGCAGCGUGCCUAUCUUCGUGUGCACCAUGGCCUACCCCACGGUGCCGUGUCCGCUGCACGUGUUCGAGCCCCGCUACCGCCUGAUGAUCCGCCGCUGCAUGGACACCGGCACGCGCCAGUUUGGCAUGUGCAUCAGUGACCCCACCCAAGGGUUCGUGGACCACGGCUGCAUGCUGAUCAUCCGGAGCGUCCACUUCCUCCCCGACGGCCGCUCCGUGGUGGACACCAUCGGGGGGAAGCGGUUCCGGGUGUUGUCCCGGGGAAUGCGGGACGGCUACAGCAUUGCGGACAUCGAGCACCUGGAGGACACCCGGGUAGAGGACGGCGAGGAGCUGGUCCGGCUGCAGCGGCUCCAUGACGGCGUGUACGACCAGGCGGUCAGGUGGUUCCAGAACCUCAAGGUGCGCUUCCACAACCAGAUCCUCCAGCACUUCGGACCUAUGCCUGCCCGCGAGGCCGACAUCCAGGCGACCCCCAACGGUCCCGCCUGCUGCUGGUGGCUCCUGGCCGUGCUGCCCAUCGACCCGCGCCACCAGCUCUCGGUCCUGGCCAUGACCAGCCUCCGGGAGCGGCUGCAGAAGAUCCAGCACAUCCUCACCUACCUGCAGAGCGUCCCCGACGACUAGAGCGCAACGCUCCUCCACGUGCUCCUCCUUCUCCUCCCCUAAAGACUCCUCCUCUCCACUCCCCUUCCUCCCCUCCUCUUCUUCUUCCCAUAUGCGCCAGCUCAUCCUCGUCUCCUUUUCUCUUCCUCAUUUUCUCGCCCUGCUCCUUUCAUCUCCUCCUUCUUCUCCCCUAAUCCUCAGCCUCCCCUCUCUCCUCUCCUCGUUCUCCCACUCCUUCUCCUCUCCUCAGUCUCCCCACUCCUUCACCUGCCACUCCUCCUCCUCUCCUCAUUCCCCCACUCCAUCUCCCCCUCCUCCUCUCCUCAUUCUCCCAAUCCAUCUCCCCCUCCUCCUCUCCUCAUUCUCCAUCUCCUCCUCUCCUUUCCUCAACUCAUUCUCCAUCUCUUCUCCUCAUUCUCCAUCUCCUCCUCCUCUCCUCAUUCUCUCCUCAUUCUCCAUCCCCUCCUCCUCUUCUCAUUCUCCAUCUCCUCCUCCUCUCCUCAUUCUCUCCUUCAUUCUCCAUCUCCUCCUCCCCUCAUUUCCAUCUCCACCUCCUUUCCUCAUUCUCCAUCCCCUUCUCCUAAUUCUCCAUCUCUCCUCAUUCUCCUUAUUGUCCUCAUUCUCCAUCUCCUCCUCCUCUCCUCAUUCUUCAUCCCCUCAUUCUCCAUCUCCUCCUUUCUGUGUUCUCCAUGACCUCCUCCUCUCCUCUUUCCUCAUCCCCUCAUUCUCCAUCUCCUCCUCCUCUCCUCAUUCUUCAUCCCCUCAUUCUCCAUCUCCUCCUCUCCUCAUUCUCCUCGUUCUCCAUGACCUCCUCCUCUCCUCAUUCUCCCUCUCCUCAUUCUCCUCGUUCUCCAUGUCCUCCUCCUCUCCUCUCCUCAUACUCCAUCUCCUCUCCCUCCCAAGGCACAUCCAUCUAACCUACUUAUCUACCAGUUGCCAAAUGACUUAAUUUGUUGUUUUUGCUGCUUACCUCGAGCAACGUGCUUCCUGUUGUUUUAAACACUCGUACGCUGGCUUCCGACGCAGAAUGUGAACUUUUCCGUUAAUGGUUGGGAAAACCACGUUGGCACUUAUUUAAAAGACUGAACAAUCGCUGCUCUGGAAAUGUGACACGACACCAGACAGAAGAAGCCUGGAUUGAGGGCAGAGAAAUCUCAGGGACACCAUCACCCCCACCGAGACAACACAUGUGUUGAUUUAACCUUGGCUGUCCUUGCAACGCUGCCUUCCUCCUCCUUUGUCGAUUUUAACCAAUCCCACGGCCAUAGAGUGCUUUAUAAUGAAUUGUAAACAAAUGAACACGCAGGUUACAUAGACAAUUCUUUUGAAUUUUGGAGGUUGGAAAUUAAGUGUUGAUGAUUUGAUACGAAAAAGGAAAGAAGAUUUAGUAAGAGAUCAAUGAUGUUUUAUGAUAUGGAAAUUAUUUGUGCCGAAUCCAGCCUGAUGUAUAGUCUGAGCUUAAAGAAAGUCCAUACAUGGUUAUUUUGAAAUUUUAAGUCACACUGUUCUUUUCCACUUUUUUAUUUACACGGCACCCUUCACAUCUAGUCCUGCAUGUCAACGUGGACGAGAGUCGCUGGGCAAUGCUUGAAUGAAACGAGGCCAUAAGGCCUCAUUUAUUCAUUCAUAUUGCUUUUCUUCCAAUUGUGUGGAACAAGAUGCACAUUUUGUUUCCCACUUUAAAUCCAAUACGGACACAAUCAGCCUCAAAUUACACAAAUGUUCUUUCUUCCAGUUCAUCCCCUGCUUCCAAAUGUCGUUCGUCAAAUGAUGUUGGUAGCCUAGGCCUGUUCCACUAUGCUAGUCAUUGAGCGUGAUUCGUUUUCUUUCAGUGUGGAGAUUAGAGUUGAGUGUUGCUAUUGUUGUAUUUUAUUUAUCUCAUGUGUGUAUCCGCUCCCAAAGAUUCAGCAAUCUUUGUUGGUAAUGUUGACUACAAUAAUUAUGUUAAAACGCACAUUCAUACAGUGGCAUACGGAAAAGUAGCACUGAGCUGUCUCUUACGGUCUAAACACUUUGUUGUAGACGAAGGAUGAGAGUGAUUUGAACCAAGUCCCUCUUGACUUGAUGGUAGUUAUUUAAGAUCCAAAGGAGGCAAAUUGAGAAUGCCCUUAAAAGGUAUUACCAUUUAAACACUAAUUCAGUUAUGUGUCCAAUAAUAAAUGCACUUCUUUUUCAACGCACGUAUUAUAGUUGUUUAUUUACAGUAACAAGAGAUAGCAGUUCUGUCUGCAGCCUUUUAGGGGCGCUAAAGUAGCGCAUUACGAUUUAUUGAUGCCCCACCAUGUUCAAUGUAGCAGCAAUUAUGUUACUAAAUGUAUACAAUAAUACUUUGGAGCAAACAGUAGUGCAACAUAUACUGCAUCACAAAUGGAACAACUACUAAAGUUGCAUUCAUUCACUUGUGUUCUUCCAAAGCGUUGCGGGCUUGCGUCCCUCUGUUUACCUCGCAGACAGCAUCAUGACAAAUUCUGCAGGAGAAAGAUAAGGGUUGCACAGAAUUAACAGCAUACCUCAAUAAUAAUGACAGAAAAAUAGACAACCUAUUCCUAGCUCUGUUUGGACAAGUAACAAUGGUACCAAAUACCAAUCCAUAAUAUUAUAAUAAACCCAGUUACAUGUACUUAAACUAAUAGGCUGCAAUCGAUUGGCCAGUCCGCUAGAAAACAAUAAUGUAGGCGUAUUACAUUCUAUAUUGAAUUAACCUGCUCAAAAUUGCUUACAGAGGAAGGUAGAUUUGUUUUCGAGUAUAUUGUUCUCUCCGGCGGGCGAGGCUGGGAUCCACGGUAAAAUACAUCUUGGCAAGUGCACCCUUGUUAUGUCCCGGCUUUAUUCACGUCAUCUAGUCUAGGUUUCGUUUGCUUUGAUGAAAGUUCAGUUCUACAGAAACAGGUGAGUAGGGGGAGUGCAGAGGGCCAGCUUGUUCGAUUAUUCAUUGUCAUUCAAUGGCUUGUCAUUAAGAUAGUAUAAAGUAAGCUUAUAGUCAUUAUAUGAAUGGGAAACGGCUAAACUUUGCCCCAAACAUGCAUUAAAGUUGAACAUUUUGAAUUUGGUCCGGUUUUUAUUCUUGUUUUGUUAAUUGAAGCACAUAGGCAAAGCACACAAUCCAAUUGGCGUUCAACGUACAAACUGUUUUGUUCUUUUAUGGACAGGCUAGGUAUGAGACGUUCAGCGUCUGUUCGAACGAGGAAGUUUAGUCCUCACUUUCCCCAGCAAUCUGCUGUCAAUCAAGGCGAGUCGUUAGCGGUGUUUUCAGUCACUUGACGACAGUGAUUAUGGGUAGCUGCGGGCCAUUUAGGUCUCCAAUCAAUAUUGCCUUCUUCCUACGACUCAGUGAAAUAAUGUUCCGGUGGAUCUUUAAGGGAUGACUUCAUUGAUCGGCUCAACGGACCGACUGUAAAUUCAAGGCCUAAUCCAGUGGCACGAGGCCCGCCAGGGACCCCUCUUGAGGAUGCUCUCUUUAGUAAUGCAUCAGACAGGCCCCACGGGCACGGAUCGUUUUUAGUCGUUUCCUAACCCGGAGCCAAGGCUCGACCAACGGAUUGACUAUUCAGAUGUAUUGCUGUUUACAAAGAAAGUUUCUCGUUGUCUUUUCUCCUUGCCAAUGACUUUACUGAACCUGCACAAUGUUUUAUCAUGCUAUAAGUAGUGCCAGAUUAUGAUAAAAAACUAUUUUAU